UCGGUGCUCGAGUUGAUGGUUUGUCAAACAGUACAGGGCGUAAAAAUAGCAACGAGGAUGCAUCACACUGCAUUCUCGAUCCAGUUUGCAUCUAUUGGAGCAAGUUCGCAAUCUAAAUUUGGGAGUUUGGAGAUGAAGUAGAGGAUACGCGAUACGUGUACAGAUGAUUGCAGUAAAAAGGUAGAAGACGAUGCAGGAACGGACAACAGUACAAGAGGUGGAAGAGGAGUGGAGCCAGAAGGAGCAGGCCUCGCGAGAGGAAGAGAUGUAUAUAAAUCUACCAACAAAUCUUCCUGUUGUAGAUGGAGAUGCAGCUUACAAGAAAGGCUGUGCGCCUGUGCCCCUCUGCUUUAGUGCUGCAUCUGAGGCAUCAUGCAGCAGCAGCGGCAGCGGCAAUGAGGCCCUUGAAUUCUCGGUUUGACUGCUUCGUUACGAGUUGGAGGGAUUGAGAUUUAAUCCUUCUUUCGUGGAGGAGAAGAGCAGAGGAAGAGGAGGAACAGUAAUUGAAUGAUGGAUGGAGACAGUGACUGUUAGUUGAGGUUCAUGGCGUUGCAUGGAUGGGCGAGAUUCUGCUGCUGUUAGUGGAGGUAAGUGUUUCGGAGGUAUAUAUAGGGAGAGGAAGUGGGGAGUUGGAUGGAGGCGGAGGUGAAGGAGGUCGCCGGCGAUGAGGGGGUAGCGGAGGGGAUGGUUGCCGGCGCAGCGCGGAAGCGGUAUGAGAGGCUGGUGGCGGUGAGGAGCAAGGCGACGAGGGGGAAGGGGGCGUGGUACUGGGCGCACCUGGAGCCUGUCAUGGUGGUGACUCCUGCCGGGGUGGGGCAGGCCGCGGAGACGAAGCUCCGGUGCGGUCUUUGCUCCGCUCUGUUUUCCGCCUCGAACCCCUCGCGGACUGCUUCUGAGCAUCUGAAGCGCGGCGGCUGCCCCAACUUCUCGUCGCCUUGCUCCGCUGCGGUUGAUCCCCUGCCCAUCUCCUCCCUACCGCCCGCUUCGCCCCGACGCUGCCCCCUGGCUAUGAGAUGGCCCGCUCUGCCGCCGCCGCCGCUGACCAAGCCGGCCCUCGUUCUCUCAGGAGGGAAGGAGGACCUCGUCGCGCUUGCCAGGCUGGAGGAUAGCGUGAAGAAGCUCAAGAGCCCCAUGGCCGCCCCCGCCGCGGCUCUUCCCAAACCACAGGCCGACGCCGCCCUCGCCCUCCUCGCCGACUGGAUUUUGGAGUCGAGAGUCUCUGUCUCCCCUUCCUCCCUCGACCACCCAAAGUUCCGGUCGUUCCUCAACCAGGUCGGUCUCCCGUCUGUUUCCUCCCGCCGGCUCAUCCUAUCUCAACUGCACGCGCGAUACCUCGAGGUCCUCUCCGACUCAGAGGCCAGAAUCCACGACGCCGCCUUCUUCCAGCUCUCCUCCGACGGCUGGAAGUCGUCGGCCACGUCAUCCGACCACUCGAUUGUGAGCUUUGCGGUGAACCUCCCCAACGGGAAAACAUUGUUCCACCGCUCCAUUCUCACCGUCAGUAGAGCGCCCUCAAGCUACGCCGAGGAGGUGAUGCGGGACGCCGUCGCCAAACUAUGUGAGGGUUUCACCGAACGGUGCGCCGGCAUUGUCGCCGACCGCUUCAAGAAGACGGCGCUCCGCAACCUCGAGAGUGGGAACGAACGCAUGGUCAACCUCUCCUGCCAACUCGAAGCAUUCAACGGCUUGAUCAAGGACUUCGCUCAGCAGCUCCCCCUGUUUCGAAAAGUCUCCGGCCACUGCCUCAAGUUAGCCAACUUCAUCAACGUCCAAUCCCAAGUCCGAAGAAUUUUUCUCAGGUAUCAGCUCGAAGAGCACGGGCACGCUCGCCUUCCAAGAACUGCCUCCAUUGGUGCUCAUCGAGCCUCAGACGAACUAGCAGUGGUGGAGGAUGUGAUGGAAUUCGCCCGUCCGAUCCGAAUGGCUGCUCUCGACGAGGACUACAAGCUGGUUUACCGCGAGGAACAACUCGCCGGAGAAAUGGCGGAAUUGAUUCAAAAUGGUGGGUUUUGGAGCGAACUGGAGUCCGUUCACUCAUUAGUGAAGCUAGUGACGGCCAUGGCCCAUGAAAUCGAGCUCGAGCGGCCACUGAUCGGCCAAUGCCUGCCUCUCUGGGACGAGCUAAGGACCAGGGUCAGAGAAUGGGGCGUCAAGCACGGCAUGAACAGCGAGGCGGUGGAGAAAUUGAUUGAGACGAGAUUCUCGAAGAACUACCACCCGGCAUGGUCAGCAGCGUUCGUGUUGGAUCCACUCUUCCUGAUCAAGGACGCCGGCGGCAAGUACCUCCCCCCUUUCAAGCGCUUGUCCCCGGAGCAAGAUAAGGACGUCGGCCGGCUGAUCACGCGGUCGGUGUCGCCGGAGGAAGCUCACAUUGCGCUGAUGGAGCUAAUGAAAUGGAGGUCAGAAGGACUGGAUCCCUUCUACGCCCAAGCCGUUCAGGCGAAGCAGCGCGACCCCUCGACGGGGAAGAUGAAGGUCGCCAAUCCACAGAGCCGUAGGCUGGUGUGGGAGACCUGUUUGAGUGAGUUCAAAUGCCUCCAGAAGAUCGCCGUGAGGCUCGUUUUCCUCCACGCCACUUCCUGCGGGAUCAAGCGCGAUUCCUCACUGAUGCGAUGGAUGCACGUUCAUGCUCACUCCGAGGUUCCGAAGAAGAUGGCUUUUCUCACCGCCCAUUCGACGAUCGCCAAGAUGGAUUCCUUCACCGAGACGAUGGACGUGGACGUCCUGAACAUGGCGGACGACGACGCACUUGGAGACUUCGCCGAUGCCUCCUCAGCGCUGUAACCUCUGUUUCUUCAUAGACUAGGAUCGUAGGAAUGCUGAUUCUUUGUUUGAGUUCUUGAUCAGCCUUGUUUUUCUGACUUUUACUCGAGAUUUUGUUUGGAGUGGGGAUUAGAAGCAUAAAGAACUGUCAAAUAUUUGUUCGAGUGAUUGUUUUAUCAACUUUGAAUUUGAUUAGUUUGAGCAGCAAGCUUUGCAGAUCAAGGUUGGAAUUUGCAGAGACUCGUUGAAAGGAA